AUGGAACACAAUCACAUGCUCGCCACUGCGAGCGCUCGCACAAGCAACAACCACGCUGCUGAGCCCGCUGCCAACGACGCCAGCACCGCUACCGCUACCACUACCGCUACCGCCGCCUCUGCCCGCCCCCCAUCAUCCACGCCAACCCACGCCCACGUCCAUGGCCUGCACCACCAUAAUCACCAUCAUACUCCCGCACAGCGCCAUCCCCUGCCCUUUCGUCCUCUCCAUCCACCGGCCUCUUUAAAUCCGCCUCCCCCGAAUUACACCCAUCCUGGUGCUGCCUCUGCACCUGCAUCCGCAUCCUCCAUGGGCAGCCCACCGCUUCCACCCGCACCAGACUACUCCGCCAGGCUGCCUCCGCUGGCGAGCCAUGACAACAGCAGAACUCUGCCGUCCCUGAGCUCCAUCGCCGGACCUCAGCAUCACCGACACGACAUGUCCAUCGACCACGCCGCUAUGGCGCCCAGUAAUUGGGCCCCCCAGGCAAACGCCAUGACCUACCGACAGCCUCCUCACCAGCCCUCGCGCGCCCAGAGCCCCGUCACCGUCAACGGCGAUUUUGACGGCGAAAACAGCGUCACGAGCGAGGCCUCGCCCGAUCACCAAAAGGAAGGCACCCCGACCAGCCUCACUCUCGACGAUCCCGAUGUGCGCCUGGCCGCCGAAGCCCUUGGCGACCUCAGAGCAGACUUCGUCUCGUCUCCUCCCGAUACCUCCGGCCCCAUGAGCCCACCUCCUCAGAAUAUGCAGCUUGCGACAACCUCCUCGUCUGCCGCUGGGUCCUCCCGACCUCCCCGACCCGAGCCACUGCUGCAGCUUCUCACCACCGUCCACCCGUUCAUUGCCUCCACCGUCUCCAACUACCACAGCACCAAGAAUUACUCCCCUCGAUUUAAGUCGGGUGCCGAGUACGUUGAAGGGUACCUCACACCUCUCGCCAAGACGGUCAACAGAACUGCUAGAAGGACUGGUGUCGAAGGUGGUGUGCGAUGGUUUCUUGGCGGUCGCCGACAUGCUGCACCCACAUCGGAGCCCGAGUCCUCCACCAAUUCCAAGAAGCGUCGCAAGGUCGGCGAACAAGGUAGCGAAGAGACGGAAGACGGAACCGGAUCAAGCGAUACUUCUCCCCCCACACCCAAGAGCGCUCGCCGCUCUUCUGUUAGCACCAUCGACACGCUACCUGCGUACGACGAACUGCGCUCCCCAGCCUAUAGCGAGACGGCUGGUCCUCCCACUUCCGCCCAGAACCAGGCCGCCUGGCAGACGCGUCUGUUCAUGUCCACUUCUGGUUUGAGCGUCGCCAUGAGCUCCGAGAGCCUUAAGAGCCUCAAGUACUGCCUGAGGUGGUUGCGAUGGACCAAUGGCCGUAUGGACAAGGCCAUAGGUUCGCUCAAGGAUGCUCUCGAAGAGUACGAGAGUGCUUGCAGCACCCAGGCCAGACUGGAAGAGAGCAAUGGUGAAGAUAAGGACCAGGUCAUGGGGUUGACCGAGGGUGGCAGCGGCACCAAGACCCCCGAAGAGGCGCGCACAGAAAUUGCCAACCGCAUCCAAGUCAUCAAGACUGAUAUCCUCAAGACCUUGCAAGAAGUUGUCACUACCGUCUCCAAGUAUGCCGGCGGUGCGCUCCCCGAGAAUGCGAGAAUUCUUGUACGCCGUCACCUCACCAGUCUGCCCCAGCGUUUCCGCCUCGCCACCAUGAACGAGGGCCCCAAUGAUGCCGACGGCGAUGCCAACAAGGACAACAGUCCUGCCCUUCGUGAAGGUGCGCAAAAGGUGCUUGUUCUCGCCAAGGAGGGUCUAGAUAUGGUGACACAAAUCACUGGCGUCCUCGACGGUACCAUUGUGAGCGCCGAAGAGUGGUGUGAGCGCAUGGGCAAGAAGCGCGAGCCCGAGGACGAGACCAUGGUUCUCGACGAAAAAGCCGCUCUGGCCAUGGCUGCAGAGCCCGCCAGCGCCGAUGUCAAGAUGGGCUAA